AGGAGCCGGGAGUGUAAGCGCCCGCCGCCGCUCCACAACACUGUGGUGACCCAAGGCGAACAAGCUUGCUUUAAAUUACAUAGUAAAGGAGAAGCACAUUUAAUAAAGAAGCAAGAGGACAGUUAGUAAAGAAGUUGAAGAUGGCAACAUCACUCCAGGAACGUCUCAAACUGAAGCAGUAUCAAGUAGAUACGUGGACAACCCGUGAACAGUUAUGUCUUGCUUCGGCUGUAAUGCGCAGCGGGGACCAAAACUGGGUUGCUGUGAGACGAAAUAUAAAGAUGUUAACAAAUGAAACAAGCCGACCACCUGAUUGGUACUCUACAAAGAACUGUGCCUUACAGUAUGCAAAGCUGCUGGAACGUGUUGAUACACCUAAAAGGAAGAGAGAACGUGGAGAUGGCGGAAAUGAAACUCCCGGAGAGAUUGUCACGAAAAUGCUUAGCAAACAACGUAUUGAAGAACUGCGUGUAUUAGAGGCAGAAGAGCGUGCAACAUACAACCAGCUGAGGCAAGAAAUUCAGCAAAUUGAUUCUGGACUCUUAGACCAACAGCUUGAUACAUUAUGGGAACAAUUGGUGAAAGAGCGUGCGGAGGAGGAGGAAGAAGAGUGUCGGCACCAGCAAUGGCUGAAAGAACGAGAAGAAAAAAUAACAGCUAUCCAACAGGCUCUUAAGCACCAAGGACCAAAAGUACCUGUACCACCUCAUACCAAGAAACAGAAGCUUCAAACAGCUGGGGGAGGAGGAAUAGGCAUCAGCAGGCGAAACAGUGGGCUAUCGGAGACCUCCUCAGAAAUUGACAGUGCUCUUGAUAGUCCGGAUUUGAGUGAAGCUGCAUCUGAAAAUCUAGUUAGUAACAAGAGUCAAGAUGAAGGAGGGACUCAGGAGCCCGAGACCAAACCUACUCCUACAUCACCUCUUCUCUCCUCACUCCUCAGCAAAUCACCCAUCACCAAUGUGCCAAUCACCAGUGUGCCAGGAUCAUCAUCAUCCCCUUUAAUGCCGAUUGGACUGGGAAGUAGAGGGAUACGAGGUAUUGGAAUUUCUCCAGUAUCUGAAGCUCUGCAAAACCUAGUGUCGUCUGCAAUAUCUGGAACAGACAGUGUUAACAAGGACAGAACCAGCCAUGUCUCUCCUGCCUCAGGAUCAUCAACAUUGUCCCUUCUUUUGGACCUGCCGCCCAGUACACCUGGGGGACCUCUUCCCAGACUUAGUGACUUACCUGGGGGGUCCACGUAUGAGCGGAGAGAUCCAGAGAAAAGGAUAAACCUCAUGAAGAAAUUUGAGAAAGAGGCAGAAAAGGAAUCUCAAAUGCAAGGGUUUCAGGAAGCAGAAGUGUCAACUGAGAAAACAGCCGUGAGUGUACCGAAGGAAACAGUAGAGAAGGAUCAUGCUGUGAUGGAUGUGGAGGUGGAAGCUAAAGGAGAAGCAGGAGAGAGAGAAGUUAUAAAAGAGGAGACAAAAGUGGAAGAUGGAAAGAAGGAAGGAGCCGCAGAGAAUGUUAUGGAGGAGGUUGACAAGUUGGUGAUUGGAAAGAAUGAAAAAAAGGACAUAGAGACAGAAGACACCAAGGAAGCAAGUCCACCAAGAGAGCAUUUAGAGGGAAAAGCUGGAGAGUUGAAGAUGAAAGUCUCUCUCUCACAGGUUAUAGAAGAAGACAUGGACAAAGGAAUUUUGAACAAAGAUAUGAAAAAGAUAAAAGAGAAGUUAGAGAAGUCAGCUAGUGCUGAAGAUGGAAGUAAGUUAGGUGAUAAAAGUCAUAAGUAUGAGGAAAAGAUUGAUGAAAAGCAAGAAGAUAAAGUAGAGGAUUGUGUUAAGCACUUUGAAGAAUCUACAUCAUUCAAGUGCGAUGAUAAGGAGCUCAAGAUUGAGAACCUCAGCCCGUGUGAACCUAUAAGAGAAGAUGAUUGCAAGAAGCCAGAAUAUGAUUUCAAAAAAUCCGUUGAGGAGAAACAAGAUGAUAUGACGGAGGAUACACCAAGCUGUAAGGAGAAACAAGAGAAUGAUGACGACGACGACGAUGACGAUGACGACGAUGAUGAUGACGAUGAUGAAUUGGAUAGGAAAGACAAAUCAUCUGAAGAUGAAUCUUCUAUUAAAUUGCAAAAAAAUGAGGACACUGAACCAGAUCUUGAUCUGGAAAAAAAGUUUAGUAAAAGUGAUAAGAAAGAGCAAGAGGAAGAAGACCCGAGUGAUAAUCAAGACAGCAAAGAUUGGGUGAGUGAGGAGGAGGGAAGCUUUGCUGGCAGCAGGAAACGGAUAAUCUCAGGGGGAGAUUUCAUGGGCUCAUCUUCUCCAUUUGUUUCUGAAUCUGCCCCCAAUUCACCCGCAUCUACUCACUUCGGUGAUGAGUCGGAGAAUGAACGUGCUUAUAGGUCGUGGAAGAAACCCAUUAUGAUUUUAUGGAAUGAAAUAGCUGCACACAAGUUUGCUUCUAUAUUUCUGAGACCCAUCACUGAUGACCAAGCCCCUGGGUAUCACUCAGUUGUUAACAGGUCAAUGGAUCUUCAAAAGGUGAAACGCAAUAUAGAAAGUGGAGUAAUACGUACUACGGCAGAAUUUCAACGUGACAUAAUGCUCAUGUUCCUAAAUGCAACGAUGUACAAUACCCGAGACCACAAUGUGUAUCAAAUGGCAGGCCUAAUGAUGCAGGAUGCUGUUGCAACUAUUGAGGAGUUCCUCAACACUCAGAUGUUGGCACGGGCUGAAGAAACCCCUCAAAAGUCACUCCGAAGGGAAACUCGAGAGUCUUCAGCAAAGAGGAGUGACGAGGAUUUUAAAAGAAAGAGAGACUCGCUGGAAGAAAAAAGCCUUAAAAGGAGAAAACUGUAAAUCAAGAAGAGCACCACUGUGUUGGUGAUAUUAUAACACCUCCAUUAGUAUUAUAGGUGUAGACAUUUUAUUUAACAUUGUUCCACUUUGAGCUGGUUUUAUAAUCUUCAGGUCAAUAUCGGCCCAAGUAGAAAACCAUGUGCUGCAUAUUUUUUUUAAAUUGCCUUUAGCGAUCCCUUAAUUAAUUCAGUUUAGGAUUAUAAGAGAAAAGGCAGCACAGUAUUAUUAAACCAUUAUUGGAUAUACAAUAUAAGUGCAUGCAUAAACACACACACACACACACACACACACACACACACACACACACACACACACACACACACAUAA